AUGAUUCCGCAUCGAAGCACCGCUCUCUUAGCCAUUAUCGUUUUUGUUGCCCUCGUACUGGUCAUAUUUUCCUCCUCCCCCAGUUCCGCAUCAUCCUCUGGGGAAGAAGCGGUCUCUGGCCCAGCGAAAUAUGUACCCCUGCCGAAGCUCCCGUCUCUGAGUGACUAUCACCUGCCAUUCUUCCGGCCAGCUUCCCACAAACCGCCAGAACAGAAGAAUAGUACCAGCGGCGAGUCGAAAUGGUUCAGCAAUUUUGCAUGGAUCAACCCUUUUUCGUCGUCCAUCACUCUCGAUGAGAACCGUUCCGUACUGCCUCCACUUCGAGAGAGACCCUUCAUCUAUACCUAUUACGAAUCGAUUCACGGAGAUAAUAAGGAUGCAGAGAAUGCUGAUGCGCAGCUUCUUCUUGCCUGGCGUCGGGCUUGGUUCGCUCAGGGGUUUAGGCCAGUCGUGCUCAGCCGUGGCGAAGCGAAGAACAAUAAGCUCUACGAGAUGGUACAGACCUUGAAAGUCAAUAAAGAUCUUGAGUAUGAUCUGUUCAGGUGGCUUGCCUGGGGUCAUAUGGGCACCGGGUUACUCGCCGAUUGGCGCUGUUUCCCAAUGGCGCGAUAUGAUGAUCCGCUGCUGUCUUACUUUCGUCGGGGGGUCGAUCCUGCGCAGAUUACAAGAUUCGACCACAUUGGCAGUGCUCUUUUCGCUGGCGAGAAGACGCUUAUCAACGACGCGCUCAAGAAUGUGGUGCAAAAUGCCCUCAAGAGUGUGGACGAAAAGGCGAGAUCCAUGCUGGACAUCAUGCCCGGGGAGAUUUUCAAGGUCGAACAGCCGAGCGCUCUGGCUUUCUACACCUCUGCGACCAUCACCACUCACUAUCCGACACUCGCAGAGAAGAUCGUUUCAUCGCCGACCGCUGGGAGACUGGCGCUCGUCGAGCUGGUCAACUCACAUCUACAUAACACAUUCCAGAACGCCUUCCAGGCCGGCAUUGCUGUUUUGAAGCCAUUCCCUGAGCAUACGACUGCCCUAGUGGAACCCGCCCUGCGCCUUGCCAGAGCUCUCGGUCAAUGCCCGAGCUCGCCCAUACCUGAAUCUUGCCCUCCAAAUCUGCAGAAGUGUCAUCCGUGCAACCCUGACCGGCCGAUGCAUAUCAGUCAGCCCGCUACCUACAAGAACUCAUCACACGUUUUUACGAUAGGCACUCUCCCUCACCCGUACACUCUGAUUAGCCUGCAACAGGGAUCUGAGGAAGUGACCACUCGACAUAUUCGCCGCGAAACUGAACGCGACCCAUGGCUGACGGAAGUGACUAAAGAGCAAUUGAGUAGUGAGUUUGGAGGCGCCGCCCGAGCGGUCGUGCUGAAGCAGGCCGUUGCAGACGACUCGGCAAUUGGCACUUCAUUGUGGAUGACUGUGGAAUCAUUGCCAGCAAACAACGGCCAGGUCCUGCCUUCUGAACUUCUGGACGAGUUCGAAUGGCAAUUCGGAUUCAAGAUCCCUCGCAGUGGCCCCACCGAAACCAAGAAAGAAGGCGAAACGAAAGAGUCUGCGCAAAAUACCAACAAAGGUUCAAUGCAGAACGCCAACCCAAGCAAACAGGGCAUUGAGAAGGAAAAUGAUCUAAUCACAAAGGCAAGGGAAGUCUUGAAGAGCAAGGAGACCAACAGGAUUGGCAUCAAAGACGUGGCUGAAGCUUGGAACCUGGCGGACACUGAAAUCUGGCGAUUCGUCAGAGCUUAUCGGGCCCGGAGCGUCGUUGAGCGAAAGAAAUGGGAGGAAGAUGAGAAGGAUUUCGUUGGUGCUAAACUCAGAGAAUAG